CUACUAACAAGCCAUCCUAAAAGCAAGAGCAGGGGGCCUCUCUCUCUCUGUAACCUUUCUUAUUUGUCUCUUCAACCAUUUUGGGAUCCUCUUCUUUUCUUGUUCUCUUCUUCGUAGUUCCUAUUUCCUACCCUCUCCCCCUGCUUUCGCCUCUUGUUUUUUCAACCUUCCUUUCAUUUCAAGCCUCUUUUUUCUACUUUAGCACAAAAAACUGUGGACCCUUUUUUUUUUUUUUUUUUUGGAGAAUUGAUAGACAAGUGCUGUUGCUGAAAGGGCUCACCGUAGAAUCUCUUGUUUCAGAAAAUGAGUGCUUCAAAGUUCAUAAAAUGUGUGACGGUGGGAGAUGGAGCUGUUGGAAAGACUUGCAUGCUCAUUUGUUACACUAGUAACAAGUUCCCAACUGAUUACAUCCCUACGGUGUUUGACAACUUCAGUGCGAAUGUGGCUGUGGAUGGAAAUAUUGUAAAUUUGGGAUUAUGGGAUACUGCAGGUCAGGAAGAUUACAGCAGGCUGAGACCUCUGAGUUACAGAGGUGCAGACAUUUUUGUGUUGGCCUUUUCUUUAAUCAGUCGGGCUAGUUAUGAAAACGUCCUCAAGAAGUGGAUGCCGGAACUUCGUCGCUUUGCACCCAAUGUUCCGAUUGUACUCGUUGGUACAAAGUUAGAUCUUCGCGAGGACAGGGGGUAUAUGGCUGAUCAUUUUGGUUCAAACAUCAUCACCUCCGCCCAAGGCGAGGAGCUGAGGAAGCAAAUAGGCGCAGCUGCUUACAUAGAGUGCAGCUCGAAGACGCAGCAGAAUGUGAAAGCUGUAUUUGAUACUGCCAUAAAAGUUGUGCUUCAACCUCCAAGGAGGAAGGAAAUGGCACGAAAGAGAAGACAGAGAAGCUCUGGCUGCUCCAUCGUCAGGGGGAUUGUAUGUGGAGGAUGUGCUGCCUAAUGUAUGGGGCAGAAUCUCUUGAACCCCCCAUCAACGACAAACUUUACUAGGUGCUUUUUGGGAGCUCAAUGAGAGGGCACAUCCCCCAGAUGGCUCACGGUUCUAUAAUCCUGUAGGUGCGUGGUCGUAGUAGUAUUGAUGUGUAGUAGUGCUAAAGCUGAGGGUUAUUUAUUUAUUUAUUUAUUUUCCUGCAAUGUUGUUGUUGUUGUUGACCAUAGAGAAACGCCGAAGGGAUGGAGAGAAUUAUUCAUUCUCUCUCGACUAAGUACUGUGAAUUACUACUACUGCUAUGUUGUUUCGCGUUCCUUGGUAUUGUGAAAACUCGAAACCUCGUUAAUGAUUCUGUUCUUUCGUUUUAUCUAUA